UGUAAACCCGAUUCUGUCUCCAUCUCGAGCAGUUGCGACAUUCCUGCUGGCGGGACGGAGUGCAACUGCUUCUUAAUAGACCGCCUCUACCUCUUCUUCUUUCGUGAUAGCAUUCAUACAACAGUGGAAUAGCUGCUAGCAAAGAUCACUGUAGUUGUGAUCCGCACCGAUGGACCAAAAACUUGUUUAGAACUUGUUGUUUAUUUCGGUUUUCCGUUUUAUUGUCCUGUUCCCUCGUCGCUGAAGACAGACCGAAGUGUGGUUUCGAACGUGUGAUUAUUGCGAUGUGUGACGAGAGAGACAGUUUGCUAUGCUGAUUGAUAAACGACGAUCUUCAUUUGGACGUUUGAGAACUUUGACAAAAUAACACAAGAACUGUCAGAUUUCAGUGACAUCCGUUUCGAAAAAAUGAGACAACCAUCUCAAGCUUGACAACAAGUGGGACUCGAGUCAGUGAACUCUCACUGUGAAACAUUUCAAAAAAAUCUUUGUAAUUUUAAGGAUUUUUUGUGGGGGGGAACUUUUGAUAACUUUUCGUGGAAACCCCAGCAUUUUGGAGACUGGUAACCACACCUUUUAUUAGUAAAUAUGAUUAAGAUUUAUUAAUAGUUAAUAAAUGUGUAAUAUUAGUGCUUCGCUGCGUACGUAAGAUCCUGCAUCAUUAGCAUUGCAAUUAUCAGUUACAUAGUGAUAGAAAUGAACUUGAUCAACUGACCAAAAGAAGAUCAUGGCUCGUCUAGAAACAAGAAAAUAGUAAUAGACUUCACACUUCACAAUUCCUUCCUGAAGCCGUGUUCGAGCGCGAGUGAAUAGGUCGCGAGGGAAACGCUCAAGGCGACAGGCCGAUCUCUGGUGUCAUGAAUAGCCAAUCUUGCAGAAGGCGACGACGGAAGAACUCGUGACGUCACCGCCCAAUCCUGCAACGCCGUGGGUGAUGCAACACCAGAUCGUCUCCGUCAUCGACCUCAAUUCUCUCCUUAUCUCUCCGUCCUUCUCACCUUCUCUCGCCCUUCGUUUCCCUCCCACGCAUCGCGCGCUGUCACCUGCCGUCCCUAUUCACCUCCUGUUCCUCAACUGACCUCCUCCUCGUCGAUUUGACCUGCAACAUUUGCAACAAUGGCUGCUCAUCAACUGGUCGCCACCUUGAUCUUCCGUCUGCUGCUGCCUCUCGUCCUGGGAAUAUGCGCUGCCCUUCGCUUCAGCCUGAUGUCUCUGACCUACCUGCUGUUGGUGCUGGCCGUCCCUCUCCUCCCUGCGCCCGCCAUACACACGAUGAGAGGUCACACAGGCCGUUACCUGAAGGCAGUUGCAGGCAUAAGCGUCGUCAACUUUCUCCUGCAGUUCACCUUCCAAAUAGUGCUGCUGAGUCUCCCUCCCUACGCCUACUUCCUGGAGGAAUGCAGUUUCCUCGAGGAGCUGAUGCGUCACCUUGGCUUCGUACGUCUCGACGGCAUAAGCGAGGUGGACGGAACGCGAUGGCUUCUACCCGAGUGCAUUUUGCUCGUGUUUUCCCCGGCCGUGUACGUCGCCUGCCUCAAGCUGACUGCCCACGCGAGCCCGGAUUUCCACCUGCCUGCCCACAAUGCCCCCAGUACCCAGAAGAACUUGGGGCUUCGGAUCCUCAAUGCUGUGGGCACUUACCUGGCCCUUGCCAUGAUCGGGGGGGCGGGGGUGAUGGUGCCAUCUGUUACCAGCUCCGUCUACUUUAUAGUGUUUAUGGCAAGUGCAACCUACUGGAGCUUAAACAACUCCCUUGGACGUCGCUUCGGGUACGUGUGUCGAGGUGUAAUGGUGUACUCUGGGAUCCACGUAGUGUUCUUGUACAUCUAUCAAGCCCAGUGGAUACAGGAGCAUAUACCCCCGGAUUCUCUCGGUGCCAGGGUCACGGGCCUCACGGCGGUGGUACAGACGAACUGCACUGACCCUCGCUCAGCCCAGGUCACGACGGACGAGUGGUCAAAAUUCGUGAACCCGAUACUGCUUCUGCUCAUGUACUUCGUGCUCGCGUUCGAGUCUCAGUUCCUGUUGUCGAAUAAGGAGAAGGCAGAUAAAGUGGACUACCUCGUCCCUUACACUCCACACCACGACGGAGGCGCUGUAGGUGGAGUUACAGACGACCUUGGUAGUGGAGGAGGUGGAGGAAGAGAUGGAAGAGACAGAGAAGGAGGAGGAGGAGGACCAGGAGGAGGAGAAGGAGGAGGAGGCGAGGAAGAAAACUCUCUCCAGAGGCUGAUCGCGCCCCUCGUCAGCGUGUUCCAGCUGGUGAUCAGGUCCUCGUACAUCGCCACGAACAUCGUCAUGAUGGCCUGGAGCAUCACGUACCACAGCUGGCUAACCUUCGUGCUCCUGCUGUGGGCGUGUGUGCUGUGGAUGAUUCCCAACCAACGAGCUGCAAUGCUGAGGUGCUCGCCCUUCCUCGUCGUUUAUGCUGAGCUGCUGUUGCUCCUGCAGUACAUCUAUUGCAUGGACCUCACUGACUCUGAGCUUCCGAGCGAGAUGGAAACCGUGAACCUCAGCCAGAUUGGACUCGUCAAGGUUCCGUACCUGGCUUGCAAACCUCUCCUGGUCAAGGUCCUGUACACAUGCAUGUUCUGGAUCACCCUUCGCCAAUACGUCCAGGAAGUGAUCGAGUCUACCAAGCGAGAGAUGUCGACAGCCGCGGCGCUUCAGCCUUUCACGGUGGCCGUCAGUACCACCAACACUGGCCAGCCGGUUACUACGCUCAUUACGUCAUCACAAGACGAGCCGACAACCUCCCCCGUGAUGGAGCGCCUCGGCCAGUGGCUCCGGGGCCUCCUGGUCAAGUUUUGGAUCUGGGUCGUGGCCAUCAUGCUCUUCGUCUUCGGCAUCCAGGGAUCGCAGGUCGUCAUCUUCAGGAUCAUGUAUAUGGUGCUGUUCCUCAUUUUCACCAUCACUUUCCAGCUCUCGUACUCAGCCUGGCGGAACUUCCUCUACGGUUUUUGGCUGACGGUGAUCAUAUACCAAAUGUUCGUACUGGUGCUCACCUACACCUACCAGUUCGACAACUUCCCGACGUACUGGGAGAACUACACCGGGAUUCCGAAACAGCUGCAGAAUGAUAUGGGGUUGGAGGUCUACGACACGGGGCGGCUGUUCAUCAAACUCAUGACGCCCACUUUCUUUGUCAUCGUCACCAUCAUCCAAGUGCAUUAUUUCCACAAAGAUUUCCUCGCCCUCUCGGACAUUGAGAAGAUCCCCGACCAGCCAGCGCCGAAGGACACGAGGAAGACCGAUGUCAAAGUUUCAGUGCCCAGUCGACCCAACCUCCUCGAGUCCUGCACGCUGGACGAUGUCAAAGGUAAAGAAAGCAAAAGGACAGGUGGGUGGAUUGGUUGGUGGAUGGAUAGGUGGAGAAGUGGAGAGGCAGAUGAUCGUUGGCUGCUGUUGAUGCUUGCUUGCUAUGAUGUAUGCGCACUCCACUGGGCGUUCGCGGUCCUGGCAACAGUGGCUGUGCCUUGCCCAGAGAGAAUCCAAACCUACAUCUGCCGCACGUGUGUCGCUCUCUCCUCCCUCCUGCUCAUUGUCAGGAUGAUCUAUCAGAUUAAUUACAUCGACCCUGAGGGAUGGGCGGCGAACUGCACGGACUACGAGAACUCGACGUGGCCGAAAAUGAACGAGACAGCGAACAACGCGGUCUGGCUCGGCCUCUCCAAGGUGCCGAGCUUGCCCAAGUAUCUCAAGGGAUAUAUAGGUAUCAUCGUCGUGAUCACAGUCCAGGCCGUGGUACGCAUCAGGCAGCAGUACCAACGGCAGCUAACAGGGUUGCCACCUCCACCCCCUGGCGUGUUGUUCCCCAACGUAACGAGAGCGGUGGCUGACGAUGGUAUCCCCGAGUGUGCUAAGUUUCUGCUUAAUUACGGGUUUUAUAAGUUCGGGGUUGAGAUAUGCCUCAUGAGUCUCGUCGGGGUAAUUGGCACUCGCCUGGACGUGUACUCCCUCUUCUACGCCGGCUGGCUCUGCUACUUCUUCAACAGACAGAGGAAGGACAUCGCCAGAGUGUGGAAGGCCUUUGUCAUCUCCAUCACCGUGCUGAUUCCGCUGCAGUACCUUAUGUGUGUUGGCAUCCCCCCUGCGCUGUGCAUUGACUACCCUUGGCACGAAGUCAUGGACCCCGAGCUGAGAGAGUGGCUUUUCUUCCCUGAUUUCGUGAAGCCUCCAGAGUCGUACAAGAUUGUCACUGACUUCUGCCUGCUGGUGUUCGCCGUGUGUCAGCAGCGCGUCUUUGAGAUAGAGUUUGGACCUGGCGCCGAGGAGUACGAGGGAGGAAGCAACAAGGAAAUUGUACACGAGGAUCCUGCCACGCUCGUGAACCCUAUUCCUGACUUCGUUACGUACACGAGGAACUACCUUGACAUGGUGAAAGUGGUCGUGUUCUUCACCUCGUACUGGAUCACCCUGGCUGUGAUGUUCCUCGGGGGGACCAAUCGCGUAACCCUCGUGGCCUUGGGUUACGUGCUCGGGGCCUUUGUUUUCCUCUGGCUCGGCAAUGAAUUCUACCUCAGGCCUCUUUCCACGAUUCUGAGGCUAUGGAACUACCUCCUCGGCUACAACGUGAGUGUGAUCGUUGUCAAGACCUUUCUGCAACUCCUUGGCUGCGUUUUCUUGUCCCCGCUGGCCAUAAACGCGUGCUGGUUCGUGCAGCUCCUUGGAAUCGCUUGCGUGAAAAAAUUCGGUGACAACUCCGAUGACAGAAUUGUGGAAGAUCUGACCAUUUCUUCAUCCUCCCUCUCUUCCCCUCCUUUAGACCUGAAGAAAUUCUGCGCUGUGCCCAAGUCCGAGGCAGGCCUCAUGUGGGACGGCAUCUGCUUCGGCUUCCUGCUUAUGCAACGACGCCUUUUCUCUUCCUUCUAUUUCCAGCAUCUUGUCACGGAGAUGAAGGCACAGACGAAGCUGGCUUCCAGAGGAGCUGAGUUAAUCGCUGAGCUUAUGCAGAAGGAGAUUGCUGAGCGACAGGCGGCUGAGGCGGAAGUGCUGAACAAAAUCAAGGAGAAGAUGGACCGAAUCAAAGCGACGCAACAACUGGUGCAAGCGAAUCAGAGCCGAGAACCCAACAGUCACUACGAAGCAGGAGGCGCCGAGCGGAAACCACCUGUCGAGGAGGAUUCCCCCGCUGGCUCCUUCCCGCCGGCCGAGGACCCCCCGCCACAGCCCGUGCACCGGAAGCUAGGCCAUACCAGGAGCUGCCCCUUGUUAGAUGGGGGCCAGCUUAGGGCAUCUGACCCACGGGGUACUGGCCGUCGCGUGCAUGCCAUUCGCUCUGGGGAUUACUACAUGUUUGAAGACUAUGGAGACUAUGCAGGACUCGCUCCCUUGGAAAUCCCCGAGGAACCCCCCCAGGGAGACACCAUCCAGGGCAUGACAGUAUCUGAACUGAUAAGUUCGGCUUUGAAGACUGACAUCGUCGAGGCGGCCGAGGAAGCCCGAGCUGCUCGCUUGUCCGAAUCCGAUGCCGCCUCUCGCCGCUCCUCGUUCAUCCGGAGACCGGUUCACAGAACGCUCUCUGGCCGGUCGCAGGUUUCUAUGGCCUCCCGGACCUCUCGAACCUCCCGCACGACCUCCAGGAGCGUGAGGAUUCACCCACGACCUCGCUCCCCCCCUGCCGUCCCCCACUCCCCCCCACCCCUGCCUCGCUCUCCCCCUCCGAAAAGUUCGUCCCCACUGGCCUCCCGCCCCCGCCCCCCCUCCACGCUGCCCCCACUCCCCCCUCUGCCCCAGCUGGACGGGGGGUACCUCGCCGACGACUCCACGGCGCACGAUUAUUCCGAGAUCGAACCAGCAGAGCCACAAGGGUUGGCCCCGAUGCUCAGGAAGAUCGUGCACUGGGCUAAGUUUGCGUGGGAGUUUCUCGGGAGUCUGAUGAUCUCGGCGACGCAACAGCUGAAUCGUCUCUCCAAGGACUACCGUUACGUCGCGAGCUGCCUGGCGGAGGAGAAAAAGAGGUUGAAGGUGAGGGUUGGCCCCCGAUGCCUCAGGAAGAUCGUGCACUGGGCUAAGUUUGCGUGGGAGUUUCUCGGGAGUCUGAUGAUCUCGGCGACGCAACAGCUGAAUCGUCUCUCCAAGGACUACCGUUACGUCGCGAGCUGCCUGGCGGAGGAGAAGAAGAGGUUGAAGGAAACGGAGGGUUUCUGCGUGAUGCCCGGAAGCCAACCUCUCAACCUGACAACCACGCAGGAGUGGACGGAGGUUCCUCUCAACCAGCACAGGUACGGCGGGCAAGAACCCCUGGAAAUUCGAGUAGAAAAGGCAAGCGAGGACAAAACCGAUGACAGCGUGGACUUCGUAGACUUGCCCGAAGGAGCCGAGAAGGAAUUCAAGAAGGAACAGCCGCCUGUUGUCAAGCUUAUGGUCGCCUGCUGGUACGCCAUGCUCUCCCGCUCUGAACUCGUCUCGUACAUCAUGAUCUUCGUCAACCAAAUCAAGUCUGCCAGCCUUCUCUCUCUUCCUCUGCCGUUCAUGGUCUUCCUCUGGGGGUCUCUCAGCGUCCCACGACCUUCCAAGACUUUCUGGAUCACCGUCAUCGCCUACACGGAGGUAAUUGUGGUCGUGAAGUACCUGUUCCAGUUCGACUUCUUCCCGUGGAACCAGGUGGCGCGGCUCAAGGCCCCGUUCUGGCCCCCGAGGAUCAUCGGCGUCGAGAAGAAGGACCGCUACGCCGUGUACGACCUGGCGCUGCUCCUGGUCGUCUUCUUCCACAGGUUCAUGCUGAAGAGCCUGGGCCUGUGGAAGGAGUCCUCGGACACGACGCCCACCGCCAGCGCGCACUCGUCGCCGUCGCGCAGCUCCUCGCAGUCCUCCUUCACGCAGUCCCGCACGUCCUCGUCCGUGCAGCCCAUCCCGUGCAGGAAGCCCACGGAGUCGUCUGCCUCUUGGACCACGUGCAAGGAGGACAGCUCCAACUCGCAGUCCCACUCCGGCGACGGCUCCACGCUCUCCUACACCAAGGACACGUCGCUGCUCUCCAAGGACACGCGGGAGAGCUCCCUGACGUCCAAGGACACGAAGGACAGCUCGCUGAACCUAAAGGAGCUCAAGGACGGCUCCCUGUCGUCCAACGUGAGGGACAGCUCCCUGCAGUCGAGCACGAGGGACACGUCGCUGCCGUCGCACACCCGGGAGAGCUCGCUGCCGACCACCACCAAGGAGAGCUCCCUCACCCUGAUGGAGCACGAGGAGGAGGAGGAGAACUCGCUCCUGCUCAACGCCAACGACGACUCGCUCCUGUCCCGCGCCUCGGAGCCCCUGCCGGCGUCGUCGCCCCCGAGGCACUUACCGCCAGCUGUCGGAGGACGGGCGCGCCGUGCAGACGCGCUUCGACCUGGACAUGCCCCGGGCCGGCGCGCCCACCGCUCCGGCAGCGAGGUCGUGGCCUACCGCCGGACGUGGUCGCCCUGCCAGUCGUACGGGCGGCACCCCUCCGUCUGCUCGCAGCCGCCCGGGGGCCUCAACCUGAGGGCCUCGUCGCUGGCGACAAGGCGAGCGCACCGAAGGCACCUCUCGGAGGGCUCUCGCGUGUCCUUCAACGAGCGGCCGCUCUCCACGACGUCGCACUGCACGCACCUGUCGCAGUCCCAGGCCUCCGAGUCCGUCCACGUGACCUGCGCGGCGUGCAACCUGCAGGCGCUCAAGGACUUCCAGAAGCCGGAUUUCGAGGAGGUCAAGGAGAACAUUCAGCAGCUCCCCAAGUUGGCCAAAGGAGGGGCGGACCACGUCGUCGGGAAGGUCCGCGGCUUCAUCGCGGCUCUCUUGCACCCCCAGUACCAGGUCUCCGUCGACGUCUACGCCUACAUGUUCUUCUGCGACUUCUUCAACUUCUUCGUUCUCAUCUUCGGCUUUUCGGCUUUUGGUACCCAGCAAGGCGACGGGGGCGUGAGUGCCUACCUCGAGGACAACCGAGUGCCAGUGCCAUUCCUCGUGAUGCUCAUCCUCCAGUUCGGUCUCAUCAUCGUCGACAGAGCGCUGUUUCUCAGGAAGUUCAUCCUUGGCAAGCUGAUCUUCCAGGUUGCCCUCACUUUCGGCAUCCAUAUCUGGAUGUUCUUCAUCUUACCCGCCGUCACGGAGAGGGAGUUCAACGACAAGCACCCCCCUCAGAUCUGGUACAUGGUAAAGUGCCUGAACCUGCUGCUAUCCGCUUACCAGAUCCGCUGCGGGUACCCGACCAGAAUCCUCGGCAACUUCCUUUGCAAACAGUACAAUUACAUCAACCUCUUCGCGUUUCGCAUGUUUAUGAACGUGCCUUUCCUCUUCGAACUGCGGACGCUGAUGGACUGGAUCUGGACGGACACAAGCAUGAACCUCAGCGACUGGGUCAAGAUGGAGGAUAUCUUCUCGCACAUCUUCCAGAUCAAGUGCGAGCGUCGAGCGGAAGACGAGUACCCACAAGGUCGCGGCGAAAGCAAGCGCAAGAUCAUUAAAUACGGAAUGGGCGGCUGCGCCUUGCUGGGCGUGAUCGCUCUCAUCUGGUUCCCUCUGGUGCUGUUCGCCCUCAGCAACACCGUCGGCCAGCCCAACCCGCCCUACGACGUCACGGUGGAGAUCAGCAUCGGCGCGUAUCAACCCAUCUUCCGCAUGACGGCACAGCAGCAGUCGCUCUACACAUUCAGCACGAAGGACUGGGACUCCUUCAACUACCACUACCGCGCCGACCGCCAGGCGCAGACCUUCCUCAGCAACUACGACUUCGGGGACGUGGUCGUGGCGGAGCUCAGCGGGAACUUCCCCACCCGAAAAAACACGGCCCAUUUGGGCUUUUCCGAUUUCGCCGCCCGCGCAGGGUUGAAGAUGGCCAUCUGGGGCAUUUCGCCGCCCGCGCAGCGGCGUCUGAUCAGCGACCUGCAGAGCCUCCACCCGAUUCGACUCAAGAUGCGCUGGAGUGUCAAGCGGCCGUCCAAGUCCCCGGAUGUGGCGUCCGAAUGCAAGGACGAGACGGAGAUCCAGCUGAAGGCGUUCGAAGGGAGCGAGCGAAACCCCGUUCGAGACAAACUGGUUCGAAUCCUGGAGGGCGAACUCGACUCGAACCCCGUGCUGAUCGAGAACCUCCUCCCCAAGUUCCUGAAGGUGACCAACAAGGGGCAGGCUCUCUACGUGCCGCAGCUGGAAGCAAGAAAAAGGGUUUCGUCGACCUGCGCCUCACCCUCCAGUCCGACGGCUUUGGGAAACCUCUCCUCGACUCAAGAAUGGUGGGAGGUGGAGGAGGAGUGCAAACACUUCACCUGGCUGCCGAGGGGGAGCGAAUGCCGCUUCCUCACCAUCUACACGUUCAAUGACAAAGCUUUUCCGGAAGGGCUGAGCUUCAUCUCCGGGGGCGGGAUCGUGGGCAUGUACACAACUCUCGUGCUGGUAGCGGGCAAGAUGCUCCGUGGGUAUUUCGCUGGCUCUGCACUCAAGAUAAUGUUCGACGAUAUGCCCAACGUCGAUAGGAUUAUGCAGCUGUGCCUCGACAUCUACCUCGUGCGUGAGAGCCGAGAGCUGGAGUUGGAGGAGGACCUCUUUGCCAAGCUCGUGUUCCUCUUCCGCUCCCCCGAGACGCUGAUAAAGUGGACGAGGCCGGAGGAGGAGGAGACUCCGGAGGGCGAGGAAGGGGACCCGCAGCUGGAGUGAAGGAGGAGGUGGAUUGUGGAGUGAAGGAGGAGGACGCGGAUAAAGUGGACGCUGAGACGAUGAUACAGUGGACGAGGCCGGAGGAGGAGGAGACUCCGGAGGGCGAGGAAGGGGACUCGCAGCUGGAAUGAAGGAGGAAGAGAGAGGGAGGGAAUCCACAGGAGACGGAACAGGUGGACGUGGAAGACGAAACAGAGGUGGAACAAGAGAAUAGUACUGGCGAUGGAGGUGGAUGAAAGUGAAGAAGAUGAUAAAGAGAAAAGAAAAAUCUACGAGCAUACUUACCUAACUACCAACAUACAGACAGACAAACACAUGCAUUUCUUUGUUGGGAAAAAAGCUUUGGAUUUGGGAUUAGAUAUACUUACCUACAAGAGAGAGAGAGAGAGAGAGAGAGAGAGAGAGAGAGAGAGAGAGAGAGAGAGAGAGAGAGCGAGAGAGAGCGAGAGAGA